AUGGGACUUAAACGAAGCGGAAAGACGUCAAUAAGAAAAGUGGUAUUUCAAAAGAUGAGCCCGAACGAGACGCUUUUUGUUGAAAGCACAGCGAGAGUUACUAAUGAAUGUGAGUUUGAUGUCAGUGAUUCCUUCAUAAAUUUUGAAACAAUUGAAUUUCCUGGCCAAGUCGAUCCUUUUGAAGCGUCAUUUGAUCCAAAUUCGAUAUUUUCUCGUUGCGGAGCUCUUCUUUUUGUAAUUGAUGCCCAAGCGGAUUAUGACGAUGCUUUGAAGAAGAUGGUUCCAGCAAUAAUUAGAUCAUAUUCGAUAAACAAAAAUAUUAAAUUUGAGGUGUUCGUUCACAAAGUUGAUGGUUUAAGUGAUGAAACCAAAAUGGAAACACAUCGAAAAAUAUUUCAAACUGUCCAGGAUGAUCUUGCCGAUCAAGGAAUGGAUCAUAUUCGAAUUAAUUAUCACAUGACUUCAAUUUAUGAUCAUUCAAUAUUCGAAGCAUUUUCCAAAGUUAUUCAAAAAUUGAUUAAACAAUUGUCAGGUUCAAAUGUUGAAAAAUCAUUUUUAUUUGAUGUUGCAAGUAAAAUAUAUAUUGCUACUGAUUCUUCACUUGUUGACAUGGCCACUUAUGAACUUUGUUGUGAUAUGAUAGACGUUACAAUAGACAUAUCUUCAAUUUAUGGACACAAAGUUGACCAACAAAAUACUAAUAACAAUAAACAACAAAUUCAACACCAAAAUCGUCCAAUUGGUUUUGAUCAAGAUACCUCAGCAAUGAUUAUGUUACGAACUAGACAAGUUAUUUUUUUGAGACAAAUUAAUGUUUAUUUGGCUUUGGUGGCUGUAAUUAAAGAAGAUAAUUUUGAAAAACAAGGAUUGAUUGAUUUUAAUUUUAAUGUUUUUAGACAGGGAGUUGAAGAAGUUUUUGAACUUGGAAAGAAACGUAACUCACUUGCUCUUUAAAUUGAAAAAAAAUUUUUUUACAAAAAAUGUGUUGUCAAAAACUGCCUCUGUGCCAUAUUUUUUAUAGUUCAAAAAAUAGAGGUAAAGAAUUCUAUCACUUUAAAAAAAUAACGAAACAGAUAUUUUUUCUACAAAAAAUAUAUUU